UUCCCUUUCAUAUCCUCUUUCCCUUUUCCAUCCUCCAAAGCCAGCCGCCGCCGCCUCCUCCUCCCUCUCCGGCGGAGGCACGGCCGUCCUCCUCCCCCCCUCCCCUCGCUUUGCCUCCGGCUAGCGGGCGCGGAGGGCGUGUGGGACGGCCUCCUCUCCAUCCCUCCCUGCCCCGGCCUACCCCACUCUGCACGCGCGGCCGGUGAGCGAAGCUUUGGUGUGGAGGAGGCGGCGCGGUCGGCCUCGUUCCGCCGGACGGGCUCCCACCUCACCUCGGUCGGAAGUGCUGCCGCCCGCCUUCGCUGUGUGGUGCAGAUUGAAGUAAAAGCAUUUUCCAGGAGAUGGCGGCGACAAUGGUGGCGAUGUCGGCCAAGAGCAAGAAUGGUGUGCUGACCUUGGAGAAGAAGCAGGGCUGGUCUGUCCCACAGCUUCCGGAGCUCCGGUUCCCUUGGGAUUUGCAUGAAGACAAAAGAUUCUCUUUGAGCUUACAUAGCUCUGCUUCCCCUCAUGGUGGGCUGUUUGCUAGUGUUGGUCUCAAAGUGUCGACAGCUGCACCAGCAGUUGCACCCAGCCCUGCGGAGCAUGACUUCAAGAUUCCAUUCGCUGAUCAUUGCAUAAAGUAUGUCUCCUCAGCAGUGGGUUACCAAGUUCCUGGGACUGAGGCUGAAUCCGUCAACGAGGAAGAGGUGGUGGAUGGGAAGACUGUGAAGAAGGCCAAGAAACGUGGGCUGAAGCUGAAAAUUAAGAUUGGGAACCCACAUUUGAGGCGGCUGGUUAGUGGAGCCAUUGCCGGGGCUGUCUCAAGGACUUGUGUGGCACCUCUGGAGACAAUUAGGACUCAUUUGAUGGUUGGGAGCAAUGGGGACUCUAUGACAGAGGUGUUCCAGUCAAUCAUGAAACAUGAGGGGUGGACAGGGCUGUUCCGUGGGAAUUUCGUCAAUGUUAUCCGAGUUGCACCAAGCAAGGCGAUCGAGCUAUUUGCUUUUGAUACAGCCAAGAAAUUCUUAACUCCAAAGGCUGAUGAGUCCCCUAAGACACCAUUCCCUCCUUCGCUUAUUGCUGGAGCACUUGCUGGUGUUAGCUCAACAUUGUGCACAUACCCCUUGGAACUGAUCAAGACCCGAUUGACUAUUGAGAAAGAUGUCUAUAACAACUUCCUCCAUGCUUUCAUCAAGAUAGUACAGGAAGAAGGCCCGUCAGAGCUCUACCGUGGUUUGACACCAAGCCUGAUAGGAGUGGUUCCAUACGCUGCAACAAACUACUAUGCCUAUGACACCCUGAGAAAGCUCUACAGGAAGACAUUCAAGACGGAAGAGAUCAGCAACGUUGCGACCCUUCUCAUCGGUUCAGCUGCGGGUGCCAUCUCGAGCACCGCCACUUUCCCUCUCGAGGUAGCUCGCAAGCAAAUGCAGGUCGGAGCAGUAGGCGGCAGGCAGGUCUACAAGAAUGUCUUCCAUGCUCUGUACUGCAUAAUGGAGAGUGAAGGGAUUGGCGGCCUUUACAAGGGGCUUGGACCCAGCUGCAUCAAGCUGAUGCCUGCAGCUGGGAUCUCAUUCAUGUGCUAUGAAGCUUGCAAGAAGAUACUGGUUGAAGAUGAUCAGGACAGCGAGUGAAGCACUGUAGCAUGUGCUCUUUAAGGAAGAUGAGUCCCUAGUUUUCUUUCCGUCGAGAAAUGCAAGUUGAAUGAUUAACAAGUCAAGGUUUAGGACUAAAGAUAUCUCAAGUUUUGGCUUUGGCUUGACGUCAAAGGAAUAUUGCUUCUUUUAUGCUCGAGUUGGAAUCUAUUUAACAAUCCUGCCUUGAUAGAGUGGAAACAGUUUUGUCGUGAUUUUGUUC